AUGGAUCAAUCGCGACUGAAAAGUCGACGUCUUGUCACUUAUGGCUCAACUACGCGACCACAAUCCUCUUCGAAAGCGGCUACGGUGCGCACCGAUCAGCUUCGUUCUACACUCUCGCGUUCGUCGACAAACGAGACGCCUGGCAACGAUCGUCAUCGCAGGCUCUUAGGCGUAGAGAAAGCGCCCAUCCAGAGCAAGUCGCGCAUCUCUCAUGAUGACAGCAUUUACGACUUGCCCUCGUCGGAUGAGGAGAAUGCGUGGCGCGAAAGUCAGCGCAAGCGUCGCCGAUACGGGCACGAUACCGAGCGGGGGCCUGCACCAUCGCACAAUAAUCUGUCUAUGCAAAAGAAGGCCGUUGCUGAAGGAGCGGACGUGAAGAAUGCCGCACCGGCCCCAGCCGUGACUAAAGAGCCUCGAAUUGAUUCCCAUAUCAAGCCAGUUUCAGCCUGUGCAUCGCAAGAUGAACCGCGCCGGGUAUAUUCUCAGCCACGUGAAAAAGGCUCAAGGCAAUUACCACUACAACACAAGCCCGUCAGAAGCCCGCAAGGAACCUCCACUUCCUCGACGACGACAACGACGAGUAAAGACCCAAUACACGUCAAGACUCAGACGGCGAAUAAGAGGAUUGUCACUCCGACAGAACCUAACGACAGCUUACUCGGGGUUUUAGGCGCAAGUCCGCGGGUGGAAAGUGGAUCAGCGAGUUCACAGACCUUGUUGAAAACCUCCGUGGUGCCAACAACACCCAGUCGCAAGAGGUUGAUCGACACUCUCGGUACGCCGGAACGGUCACUUGAUGCAUCUUCGGUCACUGGCGAUAUCAGCCAGCUGUCGACGCCUUCUACCUCUCACAGUUCCCAUAGAUCGAGCACAGCACCUUCACCUAUUGCGCGAUCAGAAAUUGCCUCGACGAGUCAAGAGCAAGAUCCGACCUUGACAGCGUCACACCACAUCACCAGCUCCAGAGUCACAUAUGCGCGUCAACGCUCAUUUCUAGACGACCUUGCCCUGUCAGCUGGUCUGUCAGGCUCAGGCGAUCCGAAAGCGAGCGCGCUUCCGAAUUCGCAAUCGCUGGAUUUGGGCAGCUUCCUUCCAAAACCGCGCCCUAUUGAGGUCGAGGAGCUAAAUCAGGAAGACGGGUCUAUUCGAAGUAUUCAUGAGCUUCGCCGAGCAGGAGGGAAUGCACGAUACCGUGGUGCGAUUGAGUCUAUCUUUGAAGAUAUAGAAAGUCCGAAUAUGUCGGCCUCGGGUCGAUGCAAUGCCCUAAUUCAGCUUUGUGGAAAGCUGCUCGACUCAAAAUCAGCUCGUCAAUUUGCCGAGUGCAGUUUCGAUAAAAGACUCGUCAAAAGCCUCACUCAGGGCCUGGGAAACGUUCAUGGUUCGCUUGCACUAUGUGCGUUUGGCCUCUCAUGCGUUGGGAGGCCAGUCCCACAUGUCCUUGCAUCCACUGCAUUGCCAAGGUUACUCGAAAUUUCACCGGAACUUCUGUCCCUCCGACGAGACCUGGGGACAGUUGCGCGAGAUCGAGAGAACAACCUAUCCAAGGCUACUCAGGCAUCCGUGCAAACUCUUAUGGAAAGGGUCAAAACAUUGCUGUUCCCUGAUGACUCUGCAUUGCUGCUUUCUCCCUGUCUACUGGCACUCCAUUGUCUUACUUUGGCUCUCUCGGCUCUUCAGAGCAAGGGCAAGCUACUCGAAGGCAUCCCCAUGCCGACUCUGCGGAAAGUGAUGGACAUUCUGCUCUCAGAAAAAGAUUUGAUGGAAAGCACGGCAUCUCGCAUCCAUGAUGGAUAUCAGUAUCUGGCUCUAGGGCUUUCUAUAAUAGAGGCCUACAGCGUCCUUGACAAUCAGAGCCAAGACGAUGAGCGCGAUGCUCUUGGCGCCUUCUCUGAAUUGCACAGUUUACUCCAAGUGGAGAAGGUUUCGGAUCCGAAGCGCCAGCACAUACAAACACUCUAUCUUCGAGUUCUCUUGAAUGUGACCAACAGCAAACCGACACUCUGCGACAAGUUCGCAAUCCCCGACAUGAUCGACAAGUUGUCCGCGGUCGCGGUCGCCCGAUUUGGCCACGUGACCGAAGAUACCCUGUCACAGGAGAACAACUCUCUCAACACAGUGAUUCUGGCUCUUGGAGCACUGAUCAAUCUGGUUGAGAAAAGUGCCAUGUCUCGAAAGAUGUUUCUUCGAUCGACGUCGACGCAUACUUCAAUCCUUGAUCAGCUGUUGCGUCUCUUUCUGACACAUGUUGAUUCCAUUUCUCAGGCUCGUUCUGUGGUGGAAGUCCACCACAACGUAGCCGUUGGGUAUCUGGCCGUGCUUCUCCUGGCACUCUGCCUUGAUGGCGAAGCGCGCGCUCGAGUCAAAGAAUCGCUCAAGCCGCAGGGACUAGGGAGCAUCAUAUCUACCGUGAACGAAUUUUUGCUUCAUCAUCGGAAAAUAGAGCAGGAAAUACAAUCUGCGUCGGUAAAAAAAGAGGCGGGUGGAUUCUUGUUACGACUUCAGGAUCUCAUCAACGAGGUUCUACGCAUUGAUAAUGAAUGA